CAAUCGAGCUUCCAAAUUGACUGUAAAUAAUAAUUUUUCAUUGGAAACUUCAUGGCAACUCUACAUUAACAGCAAAAAGCAAAAAAAAAAAUGUCCCUAUUUUUAUUCACCCGCCUCUCGUCUCUUGUCAUCUUUGAGGGGAAAAAAGGCUUAUACCCCUCAGAUUUCGUUGAACCAGAGGUUGUGGUAAGUCAGUUACCAUAGUUAAGAGGAAGCCGACGUGUAAAGGUUGUCUCAGGAAGUAUAAAUUUUUAUGGGGGGGAGGGGGGUGGACUGUAGCAAGAAAGACACCUCAUCGCUUUAAAAAAACGAAUAGAUAUGAGAAGAAGAGAAACUCUCACCUCUCCUUUGAAAAAUUAACACACCAAUAAAGCUAAAAAAAAAAAAAAGAAAAUAAAUUCUCUACCUUUUUUAAUUUUUCCUUCUCUCAAAUCCCAAUUGCAAUCCAUUUUUUUUUCAAGUCCCUUUAAAUAAACCAGAGCAGAGACUCUGAUUAGAUAUGCCCACUUCCCAGUUCUUCCAAAUUUGAUCUAAAAUUUGCAGUUUUCUUGUUUUUGGGUUGUAAUUCUCUUCAAUUAUUGACAGAUGCAGAUGGGUUUUGAGGAAUCAUGGGUCUUUCUGAUAUGUCAAUGAUCAAUCCUACUUUUUUUAGUGAGUUUACGUGAACAGGAGACUCUCCUCCUUAUGUGGGGAAUUCUUUGCUUUUCUGGGUUUUCUUUUAAGUGUGAAAUAUGCUUUUCAUGGACGACUAGUAUUCUUCUCUUAAAAGGUUUCUUCUUUCGGUGCUUCCUCCUUAAAUUUCGUGGUUUAAACUUUCUGUUUCUUUCGAUCAUCUCUACAAGCUUUCCUGGCACUGUUUCUACGGUUUUGAUGUCUCUGUGCUUGGCCAUUUUGGUUCUCUCGUCACAAUUUGGAUCAUCCAACCUGGUCUAUUUUUGUUGGCUUUGGCCAAUCCUUGAAUGAUCGAACUAUGCAAACAGAUUUGCUUUUGAUCAUCUGAGCCUGUCCUAUUGGAUAAGGUUGUUCACGUGGUUUAAAAAAUACCCUUUGGCUUGUGAUUUGUGAAAUGAUCAAAUAGUUUGUGUUGUAAAAUGUUUUUCUUUUCUCUUGUUGUGAUGUAAGGAGUUUUUAUGAGAAUCUUUUCUGGUUUUUUAUUUGUAGGUUUGAGACUUGAAGUCUGCUGAUCAAUCCAUUAUUUAAGGUAGAUACCUUUGGCACUUGUAGAUUGAACUAAUAAGUCAACGAAUAUUUAGCAUUUAGGAGUUGGUUUGAAUCAUUGGAGAGUUGUUAGUGAUUAUUGUACCCCAUAUUUCCUAAUUGUCAGCAAUUUAGAUCAUCUCAUUUGCCAAGUUUGGGCACUGCAAAACUCGGGCAGUGCCCAUGGAUGCCACAACAAGCGGAACCCCUACCAUACAAUACCAUAACAUACCUGAUCAACCAAUUACUGCUAUUGUUGCUGCUUCUGUACCCACAUUUCAGCGACAAGUACGUCAUUGCUUUGGGGACUCCUCUCCUGGAGAAUUUCCCUUAGCUGCCAAUCCUUCCAUUUUUCUUCAUGUUCUCACAACAUGUAAUUUGGACCCUCAAGAUCUUGCAAAACUAGAGGCAACAUGCUCCUUCUUUAGGCAGCCAGCAAACUUUGCCCCUGAUUAUGAAUUGUCCAUAUCAGAGCUUGCUGCUUUUGACAUGUGCCUGAAAAGAGCUAUAUUUAAGCCAAUGACUGAAGAAGAACGUCAAAGUCUGAAGCAAAGAUGUGGGGGGUCAUGGAAAUUGGUCCUGAGGUUUCUGCUGGCUGGGGAAGCAUGUUGCAGGCGGGAAAAAUCACACGCAAUUGCAGGGCCUGGUCACAGCAUUGCUGUGACAUCAAAAGGAGUAGUUUACUCUUUUGGCUCUAAUAGCUCAGGACAAUUAGGACAUGGCAGUACUGAGGAAGAAUGGCGGCCUCGGCAGAUAAGAUCUCUGCAUGGCAUUCGAAUUAUCCAAGCAGCUGCUGGGGCUGGCAGGACAAUGCUGAUUAGUGAUGCUGGGAGAGUUUAUGCCUUUGGAAAGGAUUCCUUUGGUGAAGCAGAAUAUGGGGUUCAAGGAACUAAACUAGUUACAUCUCCGGAGCCUGUUGAGUCUUUGAAAGACAUAUUUGUGGUGCAAGCAGCAAUUGGAAACUUUUUCACAGCUGUAUUGUCCAGAGAGGGCAGAGUUUACACGUUCUCAUGGGGCAAGGAUAGCAAACUUGGUCACCAAACUGAGCCAACUGAUGUGGAGCCCCAGCCUCUAUUGGGGGCACUAGAGAACAUACCAGUAGUGCAAAUUGCAGCUGGAUACUGCUACCUUCUUUGCCUAGCAUGUCAACCAAGUGGCAUGUCAGUGUAUUCUGUGGGAUGUGGCUUGGGUGGAAAGCUUGGACAUGGCUCAAGAACUGAUGAAAAGUACCCUCGAUUAAUUGAACAAUUUCAGCUUCUAAAUCUUCAGCCGAUGGUGGUUGCUGCUGGUGCUUGGCAUGCAGCUGUUGUUGGUCGGGAUGGAAGGGUUUGCACAUGGGGUUGGGGACGCUAUGGAUGUUUAGGUCAUGGAAAUGAAGAGUGUGAGUCAGUUCCUAAGGUGGUAGAAGCAUUAAGCAAGGUCAAAGCAGUUCAUGUUGCUACAGGGGACUAUACAACUUUUGUGGUAUCUGAUGAUGGUGAUGUAUACUCUUUUGGUUGUGGAGAAUCUGCUAGCCUAGGACACAAUGCUGCUGCAGAAGGACAGGGAAACAGACAUGCUAAUGUGUUGAGCCCAGAACUGGUAACUUCAUUGAAGGAAGUGAAUGAAAGGGUGGUACAGAUCAGCCUUACAAACUCAAUAUACUGGAAUGCCCAUACAUUUGCACUCACUGAGUUGGGAAGGCUUUACGCAUUUGGUGCAGGAGACAAAGGUCAGCUAGGCAUAGAGCUAGUUAACAAUCAGACAGAAAGGGGAAACCCUGAGAGAGUUGAUAUUGAUCUCAAUUAGGAAUUCAAUGGUUUCCCAUCCAUCUCCUACAUGCCAUCCUAGAGCUUAUCAAAUCACAAAUUGCAUUUGGUGUUAGGUUUCCUUGUUUAUUUUGUAAAUAGAAACAAACCAAAGAAUUGUGAAGAUUUAAGUUAGGGUAGCAAGGCCCCCAAGUAAAUGCUACAAGGUCAAUUUCCUAAGAAAAUGGUUAGCACAUGGGCCUUAAGUUAAUAGUUGAAACAUCUGUUAAGGUUCAUUGAUUACUUGUUCAUGUUAAAUUGCAUUCUUAAAUUCACUGAUAUUAAACUGGUUUAGUGGAUUGCCAAGGGACAUUGGAGCAGUUUCAGACUUAGUCAAGGGACCAAUUUUCACAGGGCUAAUGAAAUUUUUACCCCACUUAUCUUUUAUUCCCCUAGGAUUUGUGGCAAAAUCAUUGGAAGGAUCUCUUUUAUAUGGUAAGUUUAGAAUAAUAAGGUGAAUUAUAACAACUGAAACAGAAAGGUUAGAAUUGGCCCAGUGCCUGCUGCUAUACAUACAUACAUACAUACA